AUGGGACAUAAAGGGGAUGGAGCAGGACUGUCAAAUGAUGGACAUGAAUGCUUUGUUUUGGAAAUAUCUUAUGAAGAUUUUUAUAAGUUGCUUCAAGAAAUGAGAGACAUGGUCGCUUCUGCAAAUGAGGUAUGGAACUGUUUAGAAAGCCAAUAUGAAACCAUCACUACGCUAGAAUCAUCUGAUGAUGGAGAUAACUUCACAAAGGUGUCCCCUAUGAAGCCAUCAAGAUGUAUUGAUAUGAAUAUAACUCAAAAAUUUCACUGA